AUGGACCCCCCACUGACCCCAACGCCUGGCAUCGAGGCCCUGCGACAGCCCACUUCACCUUCCUCCUCAACAGCUAGCCCGCGAAAGCGUCCUCAGCGCACCGAUUAUCCACUUCACACCGACACAAAACCUGGGAACGGUCCAAUGGGCGGUCGCCUUCAAGACCGGGGACCUGCUACGACAUCGGAGUCCCAGACCCGCUUCGAAGCGGCCCCCGCGCCUGAUAACGAGCCUGGCAAGUCCAAGUCUGCCAAACGCAAGAAGAAUCGCAAUCGCAAGCGUCGCAAUCGCCAGGAGUCAUUCCUUACUCCCGCCAAAGAAGAAUCCCACCGGCCUGCCUCCGGCUCGGGGAGCGGCGGUGUGAGAGGAGAUUCAAUGGAGCGCGAUAGGCCAACUUCCAAGGAUAACCCGUCGUUUUUCAAAUUGGGCAGGAAUCUGAGUAAUACUAGUCUCGAGAGUGAUGCUCUCCUUGACCAUCGGGACCAGCCGAUGAUGCGACCCCGUCGCGAUAGCCGAGUCAGUUCAUCCUUUCGCCCUAGCUCGCUGCUUUCAAGCGGAUUCCGAGGACCCGAUGGUCGUCCGCGCAAUACAGCUGGUCCUGGUGGAGGACGCGAUCAGCAAUAUCAGGAUGGCGAUAGUGAUGGAGACGAGGCGAACGACCGAACGCCGUUGAUCCGUGGCUCUUCAGGGCAUGCCUCUGCAACUACUCGCUAUGGAGCAGACUCGAGAGCUAGCCCCUUCUCUUCUCGUCCACGACGACCAUCUGUCCAGACCGCGUCCUCGGGAAUCUCUCCAGGAAGUCAUCCAAGCCCGAUAUACUCGCCAGACGCAGACCGGGACUAUGAUGUCAAUAACCCGCCGUCCAUUCCCGGGUCGCCGAAGUUGGGCCCGGAUAUGAACUACGACGAUGCCCUGAUGACCGGUGCUGAAUUUGAUUUUGCUUUAGCUCGUUCAGCAGAGCUUCGGAGGGGGUCAUCGGGUCCAUUGAGUGAGAGCUUGAUUAACAUUGAAGGAGGUCCUCCACCAAAUCACUCAGCGCCGUCGUCUCCUCAAUCUGGGUUCUUCUCUCCUCAAGAUUUGCGCCGGCGCCGUACAGUUGCGCUACCAGUUGAAGAAGAUGUUUGCUUCCCCAACGAGAAUAUAUCAGAGCUGGGUGAUGAGGGUUCGCGCAUCCAUCGUGAUGAACUUGUUGAACGCCGACGACGCAGGCAUCGACGGUGGCCUGAUCUCUCUGUGUUGGAAGAAUGGAGUCGUGAAGAGAAGGAGGAUCGCAGUGGUGAUCUCCGUGUUAAGAAGAUUAGUGAGCCUAUGCUUAUUGAAGGCCGUCUUCGUCCUCAGUAUAAGCUAUGGCGACGCGAGGAAGAUGAGGCUCCUUAUCGAUUCACCUACUUCAACGAGGAAUUCCAAAGCACAAUCCACGCCCAAACAAUAUCAGAAUUGGUGCAGCCUGGAAGUAGCUUCAAAGAGCUAUUCAUCCCCGACCCUCCUGAAUUGGACGAGUCAUCCGAUGAUUCCGAUUUGGACGAUCGCUCUGGACACGAGCAUGACUACUUCGCCACCGGUGGUGGUCUUCGGGGUCAGCACUCCCAGAACGAUCUCAAAGUUCAACAUCCAGAUCCACGAAGUGGUACAGCCACACCUAUACUACAAACUACAUCCAAAAAUGGCCAGGAUUUUGUCCAAGCUUCAGCAACAACCAAUGGUUCCCGGGGCCAGUCUCGCCUGUCAGUCAUCAGCGAAGGACACCCAGAUUCCCACCGAGAGCUUUCGCCUUCUCACUCAAAUCCUGCGCCCAAGUCCAAGAAAUACGGCCCCGGCCAACAUUCUGGCUAG